CUUUCGCCUCCAAGGUCGUUUGUAUCAUGGCAAAUAUCACUUUUCUUUAUCUCUCUGAAGAUCCGCUUUCAACCUCUAGGCGCCGAUCAAAGCGAGGGACGUUAUUCUAAAAGUGGGUAAUUUUAUUAAAAGUUCUCUCUGAAGAUCCGCUUUCAACCUCUAGGCGCCGAUCAAAGCGAGGGACGUUAUUCUAAAAGUGGGUAAUUUUAUUAAAAGUUAAGUAGCCGUCGAGAUAAGCGGGAACAGGAAAAGAAGUUGGCCCGACGAGUCGAUAUCUAUCGAAACAACUUCCUUUUUGUUUCCAAUUUUGCAGCUUUCUGGGUGCUUCAUCUGCGCCACGGCGGUUUCUUGCAGAUGACUCCCAAACUUAUCCCACAGGUUUUGUUUUGCUUUAGUGUAGCAUAGCGGAUUUUAGAACUGAGUUUUAAUUGUCCUAAACAGCCUAAACAUCUCUGUCUAUGGCUGACGUUUGUCUAAAUGGUAUAAAAAAGCCUAAGGCGCGUGAGCGGGAACCCUAUGAUGUCUAAAGUGUCCCAAUUCCUUUCAAGACGGCGGCCAGAGAAAAAAACGUCGUAAAGGGAAAAAAUAUACGCAGUGGCUAUAUGCCCGACAGUUUUUAAUUUAUCCAAGUAAAUUGUCGACCUACAAUCUGGAUACCUUCCUGUUAAUGAUGAAAGCUACGCUAUACAGUUCUAUUUAGUUGUGUCAAACAACCAAAAUAGCAAACUGACUGUGUCAACACAGAAACCCAAGUGCUGUUGGCAAGUUGAGCCAGGAGAUACAGACUGUGAGUCUAUGGUGCUCAUCGGUGGAAAUGAGGUGGUAGUCUCACCAAAAUCAACAGCCAAUAUAACAUUCAUAUUUCCAACACUGUACCCACUGGACCGCAUAGGGAAAUGUCACUUUGGUAUUAAGGCUAAAGGCCACACCUACCAGCAUGUCACACUAUUCAACACUACUGAGCCACGUGACGCAGUUGACUGGAAAGAAAGCUUGGAAGGUUUUGGUGGUGGGUAUAAGGAGUGUGCAGGAGUGGACCUGGAUCCCCGGAAUGACUGCAAGCCUGUCAAUUGCAUGGAUAAAUACAACGGCAAAAGGACAUUCUUUGAUAAAGAGCGAGGAAAGUGUGUGCCGGCACACAACUGCUACACUAAGACAGAUGACGAAAAGGCCCUCCCCGACAUCGCAUUUGACAAAGAUAACAACGGUUGUAAAAGUUUGAUCAGCGAAAAACUCACAGAUAAACAAAUCAAGUUCCUGCACGAUAAAGCAGACAAGAGUUCUCUUGCCAUACACCGCUACAACCUGGAGGAUGUGAAGGAAAUAAACCCGAUACCACUGAACUGUAAUCAUGGUCGUCGUGUGGGCUCGGUGUGUGUGUGCAAUGACGGGUGGGGCACGGAUACUACGGUAGUUCCAGGAGGCGAGAUGCGCUACAUUUACAACUGGUGUAACUUAGAGCUUCGGUCAAAACGCCUCAUGCCUACCUCGAUACAGAAAACCGUCAUGAUAACUGGCUUGGGUCUUAUUACAUUUAGCCUUCUGAUAGGUUGGAUUAUAAUUAUCUGGGGCUGCUUCAUCGCCUCAGAUCACGACGACCUCCCCGCCCACGAGCUCGCAGAUAGACUGGACAGCGGUAGUGAGACUCAGGAAGAACUAAGUGAUGCCUCGCUGUCGGACCGCCCUCGGCAUGCCGUCGUGCAUACCUCGUACCGGCCGAAAAACCCCGACGAACUUUGUCUUGAAAAAGGGCAGCACAUCAGAGAUAUUCGAGAAUGCAAAAGAAGAGGAUGGAUGAAGGGCUCCUUGCAAGGCAAGGGGGGGUAUUUCCGAACGAACCAUGUGAAGGUUUACUACGACAGUGAGUCUGAAGAUAGUUAUACUGACGACGACGAUGAGGAGUACUAGUCUGUUCAUUCUUAUAGUCGUAACAAUCGUAAGGGUCGCAACAGUCGUCCAGGGUUUGCCCCCCGAGGUGAACACACGACCCGCGAAGGUUAAUGAUCUUUGGCUUUUGUUUACGGACAUCAGAAUUCUAAAGGAGUAGCACCUUUGACUGCCGAUGGUGAUGGGUAAUGGAUGUUUUUCCAGACAACUUUUACGACCCUUACGACCGUAACGACUAUAUGGAAACCAGGCUUUAGGAAGGGAAUCUGACAACUAAGUAAGGUAUUCUUUAUACAUAUUUUAUUGGCUAUGAGGACUUUGCACCCGCGGAUCAAUAUAUCCUAACCCGCAGUGGUUCAUGGGUUACGUAUAAAUGGCUGAAUCCUGGUCUCUGAACGCUGUGUGAACGUUUAGAGGAAUGCUAACAAGAAUGCUAAAACUUUCUAAACCUGUAUUUGGUACCCAUGAAGCACUGCAGGUUAUGACACAUAGAUUCUCCGUGGUGACGAGGAUGAUGAUACCUUAGCAAGGCCUAGUUUAGACGUCAUUCUUUUCAGAGGCAUCGUUGAUUUGCUUGUAUUUGCAUUUGGAAAGAUACAUGAAAAGAACGGCGUCUAUAAUACAUCAGCCCCAUACACGCAUGCAAAACCUUUUCACCGGCUUUAGAUUUACUGAAAAAAAUAUCCUGCAGGCCUAUUACUCGGUAAAUAAUUUCUUGCACGCCAAAUGCUUUGAAAAAUAUAUUCUGCGCACCCCAACCCAUCCCCCCCCCCUCAAAAGUCAAAUGGUCGUCCUCUAAACUAUGUCUAAGGGAGGCUGUACACUUAUUAAUGGAUAACUGUCUACAAGGUUUUCGUAAGGGAGUUUGUACAUAUUUUAACUGGCGAUGAGAACGAGGAUUCCAACCGAUCACUAGAGUACAGGACAAGGAUAGUGUACUCGCAUUUUUCUGUAUACUAAUCAACUAAUUAAAAAAGCGAUUUUGAUUGUA